UUUUUUUAUUUGCAGUGGGCUUUGGUUUCUUUCUUUCUUUCUUUCCUCAUUUUUUUGCAUCUUCCGUGGCUUCUUUUUUUGCAUUCUUUUUUAUUUGCAGCAGUGGCGGUUCUCGGCCACCGUACAUAACAGCUCAAAACAGGUAUGUGAUGAGUUCAGAUUAAAAUAUCUUGCUGUGCUGCUAAAUGAUACCACUUUGAGCCCUUACAGAACUCUUAAUUUUGAAAUCAGGUCAAAAACAGUUCAAACUGAAAUCGUCUUCACUCAGACCCGCACCACCCUCCCACUGUGUGCAGACUAAAAUCAUAUAAAUGGGACGUGUUUAUAUUUUUCUGUCUCCCCUGUCCUUUUAAAAACGCAGACACGCGCUGACGUCACCCUGCCCGCACACAUCACGCACGCGUGUCUGGCUGGAAUGUGACGCCGAAGCUCUGUGGGUGAAGUCUCGCGGAGAGUAAAACACCGGCCAUCUUUCUCCAUUUAUAGCAGGACACUUUGUGCGUCGGUAGUAGUGCAGCCUUCACUUUGAUAAGCCUACAAGUUUGGUCAAGUUUAUUUUUGUUUUCCAAGCAUCGAAACUUACAACAAACAGGACACAAACCAUGUUUGUGUUUACGGCUGCAAAGUUUUCUCGCUGACAUCCCUCCAUCCCCGGAUAAAUGCUGCUCUAAACUGUCGCACAAAUGGAAAUGGUGCCUAGCGAGGAGAACCAGUUCGUACCCAAAGAGGUGAGGCUAUCACGGACCUGGUCUGAAAUCACCCCCUCUGGGCUUUAGCUGUCACCCUUACAGACUUUGGUCAAUAGUAAUGGGGAAACUUUCGCAGCACUUGGAGAGUUUGCAUUCUUUGUGUAUCAUUAAGAAGCUAACAGCUAAACAUGACUUGGACGGCCUAUCGCGAUACGGCUGGCUAACUAUCGUUACAACGUCAGCUAACGUUAGCGGGCAGCUAGUUGGACAAAGUGUUGUUUUUUUGUCGGAAACGUGCCGUGAAACACAUCUGUCAUGAUGUAAGCUGGCCUGUAAACACAGUUCAUCCGUUAUUUAACACUCCAGGGCGUAUCAAACGUUUAUUUUGUUACGAUAAGUUAGCUAACUGAUAAGCAUCAUGAACCAGCGUAGUAACGAUUGCUAAUGUCGUUAGCAUUGUAAGUCAGGGUGAUGAAAACAACAUUCACUCAUAUUUGUGUUUGAACUCGCUUAACAAAACACCAGUUGUAUAGAAAAAAGUCGAAUUAACUCGAACUGGGGGAGCAGUGUUCAUAAUGACAGGCUUAGUAGAAAAAUAAAGCUUACUUUGAAUCCAGGCCUAGUUUGUUUUGAAUGGAAGUUAGCGGAUUUGACUAGCUAACGUUACUCUAGCAGAUGCGGGUGUUUGGAUCUAAACUUGUGUUGCACUUGGAUAUUUGAAUGUCUGAGAUAGAAAACAAGAUUCCCACCUCUAACCUACUAAUUUUCCCCAACGUCGAGCUAAGUCAGUUGAUCCUCUCGUGUGUUUGUUGGAAGCUAACAGUGCCGUGAACGCGCUAAGUUUCCAUCGAUGUACGGUCACACUGAAUUGAUAAAAACAUUUCGACAGUUUCUGCUUCUGACUCCUCUGUAAAAAAAAUAGUGUUCGGUAACCAUCUCGAUUUAGUUAUUGGCAUUGUUAUUAUGAAGGGGCAGAUUUAAGUUGGCUAUAGAAAUAGGAUGUAAUGAGGGUUUUAUCAGCAGCGACAACUUAAGGCUGCAUUGACGUCAGCUGGUGUCAUGCAUCGAGCAUGGGACGUCAACACGUUGGUUUAACGUUGGCAGCACAUCUAUACUAAAUACAUCUAUACUAAAUACAUCUAUUGAACACUGAUUAGCUGCUGACUCAGCCUUUAUUUUAAACAAGAAGAAUGACUUGAGCUUGCACUUGACUGUCACAAUAGUAUGGACACCUUGGCAAACUCAUGCAACUGAAUACUACAGCUGCAAAAACAAAAAAACAACAACAAAAACAGAAAGCCCGUUCAGUAGGGCUGGGCAAUAUGGGAAAAAGUUUAUCACAAUAUAUUUUUUUCGUAUCAGUUGACAUCGAUAUGUAUCACAAUAUAAAAAAUGAAAUUUAACAGGACUUAUUGGUAGCAUGUCUUUUGCAGCUGUUGUGCUGUUAACUGCACAAAUUGGCAAAAUAAACAAUCUGCAAACAUUACGACACUGCCACUGAUAUUAGGAACAUCUAAAACAACGUCACAGCCUGGUAAAUUGAGUUAAAUUCAUGGACAUUUCAGCAAGUGUUUUCUGAUUUUAAUGCAAUGAAAGACAAAGCGAUUUUUCAAGAACUUGCAAACAAUACGGCAUCUUUAUUGAUAUCAGUUCACUCCGAAGCAGGCUUUUGCCCCCGUUUGCGUGUGCAUCUAGUAUUGUUUGUAUACAAGAAACCCGUCUAUAAGCUACUGCAUCUGUGAGGUCUUUGUGUCUCUUCAACAUUUUGUCGUAAGGCGUUGCGCUAGAGAGAGGACUGAAUGGUCAGCUGCACAGGCGUCAUGGGCUCCUAGCUCCGACUUUGCGAGAACAUGUACUCGACAUAAUUGGCAGUGCACAUUACUCUUCUUCAUGUCCGACUUCAUAAAAACAAAAUACCUCCACACCACCGACGUUUUCGUGCCAGUGUUGUCGACGAUGUUGUCAUCUGUUGAGCCUUCAUUUGCAUUUCUGCCGGGGGUAGCACUCAUUUUCUUUUUUUCUCACCAACAGUGUUGUCGGCUUCAUGUAUCAAAGUGUAGCUGCAGCCUGCUACUACGCAGUUGUUUGCUACAUGGUUCUAAUUCAGCACAUGAUUGGUUCAGUGUGAAGCGGACCCAGAGAAAUUCCACUUUUCAUUCGCUGUUCGUAUAGUCUACCAAAACAUGGCAGAAUGCCAGUUAUGAAAAGCAUAUUGACCAUGUUUUAUAUUGAUAUUGAGGGAAAUUAAUCUUUGAUCAUUAUCGUUUUAUCGCCCAGCCCUAUGAGGGGAGCAACACAUCGACAGUCAAUCUUGUGAAGAACAUAUAAAUAAUCCUAACUUCUGUCAGCAAUAUAGCCCAAGAAAGGUCAACCAGAUGUAAACAACAAUUUACCAUGUUUUCAAAUGUUUUCACCUGAAACUGUCCCAAAAAAGCGAGGGAAAUGUAAAAUCCAGUUCUUUUAAUUCUGCAUGCUGAAAUAUAUAGUUAAAGAUGACUGACUCAUAUUGUGGAGUAACAUUUGAGUUCAAGCAUAGACUGGACAGUGUAGGUAACUUGAGCUGUUUGGUGUUGAAAUUGGAUGGUAAAUCUGUUGUGGUGUUCUGAGAUACUGGAUGGACUCAGAGGCUUCUGUUGAUGCAGAGAGCUCGAGUAAAUGGAUCAUGUGUGUGUGGAGACAUUCACUUGAUACCAAAAGGUACAUGAAAACAAUCUCACAUACAACCAAGUAACUUUAAAAUAGUUGCUGUUGAAAGGCAGUUUGUUUGAGAUUGUUCUGCUGUAUGGACUACGAUAGGCCGAUUUGUUUCAGAGGUAUUGCAAAAUAAUCUGUUUCUUUUUCCUAGUGCAAGUCACUUCAAACCAGGAACAACAGUAACCAUUUGAUGUUUGCCCUAGUAAUAAAAAUACUCAAUCUUAUCACUGCUUCCUCAAACUUAUGAUUACUUCUUUUUGCCCCUUUUUUGAACAUCUGUUACACUAGCUUUGUGUUUGACUUUUUACUGCUGUCACUGAAAUUAAAACUGCAUUUGUCAGAUACAUUUGUGACUAACAGAGAGUCUACCGUUAUCCAAAAGAAGAUGUUUUCAAAUAAGACUAUUGUCUAUUCUUUAUUGUACGUCCAUAUCUCUGCUAUGCCUGUCUGUUCAUGUGUUUGUUGAUAUAUUGGCAUCUAAGUAUCCCAUCAUGUCCAUGCAAUUAAAAUCAGUUACAGCUGCAAAGAAACACAUGCUGUGCUUUGGCGUGGCCGUGGGUUCAUGUCAACACCAUGUGAUUAUUCCACUGUAUAAAUAACCUUUAAUCUCAUAAUAUACUUGUGUAUCGUCAGCUGCAGCUUCUUCAUAAAUCCUGGCUGUCAGUCAUAUCUUACCGAGAUCACAAACCUAGCAGAGGUUCCAAAAACAAGAAUAACUUGUGUAUAGAUUCCUGCAGUCAUCUGCCUGCUUAACAGUGUUGGUAAAUGUAGGUAAUAAACUCUGCUCCACUUAGCCUAAAGAUAUUUUUGAUAUUUGUGAUUUAGGCAUGUUUUACAACCUGUUUGUAUUGUUGUGUUUGUUUUAAGCUGGUCUUACCCCCAAAUAUUUGUAUAUUAUUAGGACGUGUUUUGGAGUUGCAGACAGAGUAUUUUUGAUGAGAUGAAGAGGAUUACUCAGGUAGCUAUGCCUGGUGUGCAGUGUGAGAAAAGAGAUCUUGUAAUGAAGCAUGGAGUUGAACAGAUGCAUGAAGCACCUCCAUUUGCAGAAGUUGGGCUGACAUGUAGGGCAUGCAGUGAAUAACAAAUCUACUCCAUGAAGUACUAGAACUUAUCACUUGUGUCCUAUAAUGCAACAUUUUCUCAUAAAAGCUCAUAAAUAGUUUGAGGUCAACUGAAGUCUAGAUAGUCACACCAAUAAAACAUGCUGAGUAAUCGUACUACAUGAAGGUAGUAAAGUAUUUUUUCUUUCACUUUCACUACAAAGUUUUACAAAAGUAGGCCAAUCUUCUCUGUAUAUGAUGUUGUUUGGCAAAGUAUUAAAAGUAAAGUAUUAAAAAUGAACAAUUAUCCCAUAUGUAACCCUCUGCUCUUGGUUUAAAAUAUAUUUAAUGUGGUAGUUGUGAUUGCAUACUUCUCUGAUCUAACUUUUAAUCAAUAGUAUUUUAGCGAUUUAAACUGCAAACAGUUAACUGUGCUCACCUUUAACCAGGGCUUAAAAAGCAGGCCUGGGAUCAACUUUUGCAUGUGUGGUAAAUGAAUGCUUGUUGAACAAGGUUUUCUGCAAUUCCUGGAAGUUUUUAGUGUAAGCCUUCAGUUCGCUAAUUAUUACAGCUUGAACCUUUACCGCACAUACCAGGUCAAUCAAAUAAAGAAAAAAAAAAGCAGCGGGGUGUGUUCAAAUGUGAAAGUGAGCUUCAGUGUCUUGAAACCCAAGCUCGUUUAACACUGUGUUGUCAACUGAAGCAUGUUUGAGCAGUUGGAUGACCUGAUUUUAAUCAUGUGUUGUUGUUUUUUAUUCAGUUCUUUUUCCUUUUCGACCAUUUCAGACAACAGGUGGCACACUUCUUUCACUCUCCAGUUCUCACAAAACUCCUCUGUAGAUAAGCUUUGAAUUCUGCAAUGUUGGAUUUAAUCUCAUCUCAAGCAACAUAAAAGGAGCUUUGCUAAAUGAACUUUAGCAGAGAAUACAUAAACAAGCUUACAUAUCUGCACAGUAAUCUAUUCCAGUUUUUUCUUCUUAUUUCUGUGUGGACACAUUUCACUUGGUAUCCAGUAAAAAUAUGAGAAAGUAUAAAAGUAUCUAGCAGCUAGUGAGGUUAUACAAGUACAUUCUUUGUGUCUGAUGAUGACAUUUGCACAGUGUUACAAAUAUUUCCAAUGGAUCACCUCUGGCAAAUUUUGGCUAAUUUCUCGCCUGAUUUCCUUAAUUUGCAGAUCCAAAAUGCAGCCGAAGAGCCCCGGGUGCUCUGUAUAAUUCAGGACAUCACCAGUGCGAGGACAGUCAACGAGAGGCUCACCCUCAACCUGCCUGCCUCCACCACCCUCUCCAAACUUUACGAAGAUGUUGCCCACAAAGCAGGAUAUGUCAACGGCACCUUUGAGCUCGCCUGGGGAAAUACACCAGACAUGGUAAGGAUUGUCAUUCAUUUUGGUGUCUGCCAAAACAAAUCAUCAGGAUUAUUCUAGAAGAGCAUGUAGUGCACAUAUUCAGGUAUACAUGUUGAAAAAAUGAGGUUUUAAAUCAGUGGGAGCUGUUGCCCUCUUAAGCAUUCAAACAAAAACAUGGUUGACUUCACUUUUCUUCAGCUCAGGAACAGCAGGAGUUACAUUUUUGAUAUUUUUGUAUCAGACAUGGAUUUUAUGACUGUGCAAUCAGCUCUAAGGAACAGUUAAUGCUGCUUUUUUUUUGGUUUUGCAUUUUGCCAAACCAUGCUAUCAUCAACAGAUUGCUUUUUUGGAUGCCUGUAUAAAGCCCGGGGACACACCCAAAUGGGGAUGUUAAGUCAAAGAGUUGGUACUGUCAGAAAGUUUCACAACAGGACAUGUUGUAGAGUCCUCCUGGCCCGAGACAGUGCUGUCAAUUAAGAGUCAUUCAUGGAGAAUCGCAGGUGAAGAGUUUGCACCAACAUCUCGCGCAAAACUAGUUUGGCCAACUUGGCUGCACUUAGCACUACAGCAGAGAUUGUUGACAACAAGAGGGCGAGCUAUAACACACCCAUGUGUGUGCCACUUAUUCCGAAACCACAUAGCAGACUGAUAAAAGGUAGAAACUUGUUUGUAAACGUAAUAGACACUUUGCAACCACAGAGGCUUAUCAUUAGGAAAGAGAUGAUAUCGGAGUUCUUUUGGACUUGAUAAGAGGCCAGAAAUACGACUCUAGGUGAAUGCUCUUAGUGAAUGGGGCUAAUAUACUUGUGCAUGCGAAUAUUAGGUGACUGUUUGGUGACGUGCAAGGACAAAAACGCAAGAUAAACGCAUGUCAGUGCUGUGUCAAUAGCCAACCCCCUCAGCGAUCGUUUUAACGAUACCAUAGCCUCUGGUGAAAACAGACAUUUUCUCAGAGCGACUAGUCUAACCAGCAGUUAUUCAGAUGAGCAACAAAAGGAUUCUUGGGCCAAGAGACUUCCUUUUCCUCACAUUAGUCAUUGUUUACAGUAGGACUGACCACUUGAGGCAGGGAAAUUGGGACAGAGUUGAGAAACAGUCUGAGAAACUAUUGUUUUCUGUGCUCUUAUUUCUAUUUCUAUUAUUGGAAUCAAUAAGAGGAAUCAAUCCCUCUCAGCGCAGCAGGUUGGCACUGACUCUGUCUCGGUGCAUGGUCGCAUGAGGCUAAUUAAAUCAAGUACUUGAGAAACUUGAGUUAAUUGGUUGGGGUUAAUGUUGUAUUUUUAUUGCUGGUGAAUGACGGUUGUUGGGCAUGUAAGGCUGUUUCGGGCUUACGUCCAAAAAUCACCUGUUGAGGUAGUGUGUGAGCUCAGGCCGUUAAAGUGUUCGUUAAAGUGCUUAACUUUCACUUUGCACAUCUUAGAAUAAACCGUGAUGUGAGUGAUGUACACACCCCUGAAGUUUGAUGUGAUUACACUUGUUGUUGACUGCUUCAUUAAAUAAAAAAGUAUUUAAAUUGCUUUGAUAUUGUAGAAAUUCAAAAUUCGUUAUUCUGAAUCUGUAUUUUUUCCCCUUGUACCCCUAGUAGACUGUAUGAAAUGUUGGUGUACUUCUUUUUACACAUCAACAAUCAAACCUGCCAGCUUUAAAGUAGUUUUCAGACCUGUUGAUGUCAAGCUAAGUAUUUCAGGGAAGGCCUUUUUCUCAUGUUAAUCAUCAGUCAUUGAAUUCCAGUCUGUCACAUGUUUGUGUCUGUCCAUGUUUGUGCAAAUACUUCUCCCUUUUCUUAAAUGAGCACAGGCUAAUCCUGCUGCUGACCCAGGCCAAAGCCCAGGUGCUGUGUCCGUUGUUAUCUCACUGAGUAGGUCAGUGGAUUAAGCUCCUGUAUGUUUCCACUGCAGCACUUUGCCUGUCUGUCCUCAGCUUGCCUCGGAGAAAGAAAGACAGAAAGUCUGAUGCAGUUUUUUUCCCCCUUGUUGGCUCCAAAGUACUUUCCUCUUGCGCGUUAGUACAAAUAACUCCCUGAAGAUGAGUUCAGUGGGGAUCUUGAGUCCGCUUGUGAGUUUCUCGCUUGUUCUGGAUGUUGUGUAACCAUUGUUUUUCAGCUCUCUCCCCAGGGAUUGUUGUUUUCAUGUGAUUUUUAUUGCUACUCUGUCUUCCCCUUCAGGCACCACUGGACCACAGCAGUGAGAUGUCCCUCUCAGAUUCUGCUUUUGAGCCCGGUGGGAAAAGGAAUUUCCUCCAGCUAACAGACAAAGACGGAGAGCAGCCACAGAUUGCCUCGGUAAGUCAACGCAUCAAAAUCACAGUUUCAUAAACAUUACCAGAGCACUGUUAAUGUUUUCAGGUUUUCAUGAUAAAGACUGAUUUUGGUUUUGAAAUCUGAGGACAUUUCCUCUCUGAAUGUAAAUGCCUGCAGGAUGAGUCUGGGACAGCAGACAGCAGCGGACUGGAUGACAGUUCCCAGGAGCGAUUUAUAGGACCCCUACCAAGAGACAGCACUGCAGGCUGCAGUGGUGACUACAGCAGUCCUUCGUACUCCUACUCCUCCAUUCUCAGUAAAUCUGAGACAGGUGAGAGUUCGUCUUCUCUUAAAUAUGUAGCCCUACCUUUUAUUUUUUUUAAUGUCAACAAACCUCUUACUUCUUGUCUCUGACCCUCACUUCAGGUUAUGUGGGCUUGGUCAACCAAGCUAUGACCUGCUAUUUGAACAGCCUUCUACAGACGCUUUACAUGACCCCAGAGUUCAGAAAUGCACUGUACAAGUAAGGAAAGACACGAGUACAAGUCUUUAUAAAGUUUAACUUCAGGAUUACAAAUUUUGAUCAUCUUUCCUACAUUCUGUUCAACAUCAGCUGGGCGUUUGAGGAGUCUGAAGAGGACCCCGUCACCAGUAUCCCCUACCAGCUGCAAAGGCUGUUUGUUUUGCUGCAGACCAGCAAGAAACGGGCGAUCGAGACCACAGAUGUGACACGAAGCUUUGGCUGGGACAGCAGCGAGGGUGAGCAAAUUCACUGAUUUGUGGCUUUUCUCACAUGAUUUUUCUGUGGUUUGGAAAAGACAAGACCAUAUGACUCUGCAUCUGAACACUUGUAAACUCUCUUUGUGCCUCUUUUUUAUUUUUAUUUUAUUUUUUUAGCUUGGCAGCAGCAUGAUGUCCAGGAGCUGUGCAGGGUCAUGUUUGAUGCCCUUGAGCAGAAGUGGAAGCAAACAGAGCAGGUAAGGAGAUCAUAAAUCAGUUUCCUGGUCUGGGGUCUCCCCUCUAUAAUACAGACAAACAGAUCAGCGGAAGAGAAACAAGGCAGUGAGCCCUAGGGUUAGCUCUUUAUCUCAAUGAUGAGUUUUUACCUUCAAACACUUAAUCUAGUGUGCCUAUGUAGGGCCAUGUGGUCUGUUCACAUGAGCAUCUUGAUGGCACAUAAUAAAUGCAUGUGAUCGAGCUCUAUUUAGAAAUAAACGUCAGUAGGAUAGAAUGUGUUUUCAUUUUUUGUAGUUCACCAUUUGGAUCUUCGCACGCAAGGAAAAAAACAGGAGAUCUGUUGAAUAAAUAAAUCACACUUUAAUCUCUCUUAAAGAGACUUGAAAAUGUUGCUUUCCCUCAAGCAGAUUCCAGAAGUAGAUUUUUAGAGUUAUGGGGCAUCAAUCUUCUGCCUGCAGUUUUCUUGUUUGACUGAAGAUAAUGCACAACAGUUUUAACACUUACUUUAGAAUAGGGAUGCAGGUUAGCAAGGCCCCUGAUGAUGAAGCUUGUCGGAAAACCACAAAAGUCCUGCUGUCAAAACAGUAAUAUAAUUCAAAACAAUAAACUGGGAGUGAAAAGGUUCAUAACAACAUAAAAAAUAAUGAAAAAAAAAUCAGUUUAAGUUUGUGUUAUAUUGAACAUAUUUUCAUCUCUUUACCUUGCUGUCAGACUGUCCUUUUCUUCUGUUGUAUUUUUCUUUCGGCCAAACAUAUCAAAGGAAAGUUUAUACAAAUCCCAGAAAUUCAGAAGUAUCCAGACCUCUAUCAUAGAAAAAAAAUCACAAAAACCAAGCCAAUAAAUGUAACCUACUCAACGUCACACCAUUCACUACUAAAAAAACCCCGACAUGGACCCAAGGUUAAGCGUAACUAAUAUGUGGUCAUGCAGAUAUAAAAGCCACAUUUGUGAGGCUUCUAUUUGUAGUAAGCAGAAAACAUCUGAUGUCCAAACAAAUGGUUCAUUGUUACAGUUAAGACAUGUUAGAGAAAGCAUGUGCUUCUACUUCCUUAGGCGGACCUGAUCAACCAGCUGUACCAGGGGAAGCUGAAGGAUUAUGUCCGUUGUCUGGAGUGUGGCUAUGAGAGCUGGAGGAUUGAUACAUACCUGGACAUCCCUCUUGUGAUCAGACCCUUUGGAGCCAGCCAGGCCUACGGCAGUGUGGUGGGCGGAAACACUUCACUAUCUUCUCAAAUCUUUGACUGCAUUAGUUGGAGUUUGAUACUUGAAACCUUUUUUGAUCAUAAGAAUAAUUUUAUAUUAACUAUUGAAAUGUUUGUUUCUGCUACAGGAAGAGGCUUUGCAAGCAUUCAUCCAACCAGAAACGCUUGACGGGCCGAACCAGUACUUCUGUGAACGCUGCAAAAAGAAAUGUGACGCCCGUAAGGUGAGCGCACAAACGUGGAUUCACUGAAGACAGGAAUCCUGCAGUUAGUUGGCAAGUGUGAUUAUUGAUCAUUUCAUGUCGUCGCAGGGUCUGAGAUUUCUGCACUUUCCCUACCUGCUGACACUUCAGCUGAAGCGCUUUGACUUUGAUUACACCACUAUGCAUCGCAUCAAGCUGAAUGACCGCAUGACGUUCCCAGAGGAGCUCGACAUGAGUCCAUUCAUCGAUGUUGAGGACGAGGUGAGUGCAGAAACGACAACAUCUGAUAAUGCCUUUUUUGUUGUUGAAAUAUUACGGAGUUAAAAUUGCGUUUGAAUAAAAUUUCUCUACAUUUGCUCGAACCUUCAUUAUUUUCUCGUAACUGUCCCUUACCUAGAAGUCGCCUCAAACGGAGAGCUGCACCGACAGUGGAGCUGAGAAUGAAGGCAGUUGCCACAGUGACCAGAUGAGCAAUGAUUUUUCCACGGAUGAUUGUGUGGAUGAAGGCAUCUGUUUGGACAGCACCGGCAGUACAGAGAGGGUGCUGAAGCCAAAGGUGAUCAUCAUCAUUUUAACCCCUCAGUUUUUUGAUAUUGUUGAUCAUUGUUAAUCUGUGAAGUUAGUUACCUGUGUGUUUAAGUGCAACCCUUAAUAAAAAUGCAAAUACCUAGUCCAUCUUUAAAACCAGUAUUUACUAAAGUUGACUUUACCUGGUUUAUUGAAGAUAACAUGUAGCCCUCUAAAUUUGGCACAGUUUGAUGUUUACAAGCUGCCUGAUCCAAACUCAUUGUGAAACACUCGCGUUAUAGACUGGUAGUACACGAGCUUUCGCAAAACUCUUUGGCAAAGCAACGAGACAGAUGUAUCCAAAGGCAGCCAAGUUUUAUUUUGGCCUGUUAUCAAGUUACUCACUGAAUGAAUGUUAAUUAGCAACAGCUGAUAUGACGUACUGCCAGCACAGUCUGUCGUAUCAGCCACAGAGAGCGGCAGCCUACAGCGGCUCGAGAUGAAACAACAUUUCAGUGUUACAGUGCAUAGGAAAGACCUUCAGGAAUGUAAUCAAAUACUGACAAAGCUGAAAAUGAUGCCUCGCUUUAUUUGUCUUGUAACAUUAGAAAUUUUUCAUAAUAACCUUGGCAACACUUUAUAGGCCAUGUGAGAGAAAGCUUUAUCCAUCCUUUGUGUGUGUAUUUUUUUAAAUAUAUAUAACCAGUGUUAAAUUUUGAUGUGACUAAAUUGCUCUUUUAUUAUCUUGUCGUCAGCACCAGUCAAGCUCUACAUUUGAAACACCGUCAAAACAAAUCUUGCUCGUCCCUUUUAACCUAACAAUACAACUGGUCCCUGUGUGUUCUCAGAGUCUGCUGACUUUUGAGCUGUUCUCCGUUAUGGUCCACUCCGGGAGCGCUGCAGGCGGCCACUACUACGCCUGUAUCAAAUCCUUCAGUGACGGCCAGUGGUACAGUUUCAACGAUCAGCACGUUAGCAAGGUCAGUGUCAGGCCUUGAGUAACGUCAUGUCAACCUCACAGCGCGUAAAUGUCAGAUUGUAUCAGCACCAGUCAUCAGUUUAGACUACGCUAAGGAAACAAACAACGUUAACAUGUUGUUUUUCUGAUUGAAUAAUAUUGAUAAUGUGUUUCUUUUGGACAGAUCACCCAUGAUGACAUCAGGAAGACUUAUGGGGGGUCCUCAGGGAGCAGAGGCUAUUAUUCCAGUGCCUUUGCAAGGUCAGUGGUCUGUCUCAUCUGUUUCCUCAGUGGCUUGACAACCACUUGUUCACCAUAUUGGAUAAGGAAUAAUACUGCUCCAGUGGACUAGAGCAAAAAGGAAAAGAAGGGGGUGUAGAAAUAUUUUCUCCAUUUGUAUUCUCAUCCAUUCAUGAGACCUCUUCUUUUUUCUCCCAACAGCUCUACAAAUGCAUACAUGCUGAUUUAUAGGUUGAAAGACCCCUCCAGGAAUGCAAGUAAGGAAUGAUUACAGUUGAAUUUUAAUUAUGAUGAUAAUUUUUCCAUCGCUCAUUGCACUCAACCCAACAGCCUGAGCUCUUGCACUGUAAUUUUCCCCUAGAAUACCACCUCUCCUCUGCAUUGCUGGGUUGUUGUUAAUGUUUGUUCAUUUAUGACUCGGGUUUAUGCCUUAGCUGCACAAAUCCUUUUUUUUUUUAUUUUGGUUUAACAAUUUCUGAGUUUUAACACACUAACAUACCUCGUUUUUGCAGCGCACAACACAGGAAAAAUUUUACUCAAACGUUAAGCAACUGCUGCUUUAAGUUAAUUACUGUAUUUUCAGUUUCCCUACCCUCAGUUAUUCAGUUAUCCCACAACAACCCACCUGACCCUCCCUCGAUCCCACCCAUCCUUCCUCCCACCCUGUGUUCCCCUGAGGUUACACAUCAAUACACAUCAACACAUCAAUAUUUCUAAAUUACUGCAAAAAUUAUUGAGUGUUGUAUAAUAUCAGGAUUGUUUAACGAUUAAUAAGUUAUGUUCAUAGUGUCCGUAAAUAAAUAAGUAAAAAGGUUUAAAAAGUUUCAACUGCACAAAUUCUGAAAUCAGUAUUUGCUUUAAUUGUGCACACUUCCUGUCCUGUAGAGUAUUUGUCGGUGGAAGAUUUCCCCGAGCACAUAAAGAGUUUGGUUCAGAAGGAGAAAGAGUCUGAGGAGCAGGAAAAGCGUCAGAGGGAGAUAGAGCGCAACACUUGCAAGGUAAGUCAGCUCAAGAUCUGCUGUUCUGCCUUCGAAUGAGGCUGUAUCAGUGCGUUGCCUUUCCCUUCUGUAUAAUUAUUCUUAAUUCGGUCUUGCUGUCUUUCUUUUCACCUCCAGAUAAAGCUGUUCUGCAUGCAUCCCGUGAAAAUGAUGAUGGAGAGCAAGCUUGAAGUACAUAAAGACAAAACUCUCGGAGAAGCGACAGAAAUGGCCUACAAGGUUUGUUGUCUGAUUUUCCGUUGCCUGUGUCUUCUAAUUGGAUCUGUCUCAUCAAGGUAGGACUUGGAUUUACUGUCUUGAACUUUUCUAUUUUGUAUUUACACAUACGCAGCUGAUGGAGCUGGAAGGAGUCGUUUCCCUGGACUGCUGCCGCUUGGUAAAAUAUGAUGAGUUCCACGAGUACCUGGAGCGCUCCUACGAAGGGGAAGAGGACACGCCUAUGGGUCUGCUACUCGGAGGAGUCAAGUCCUCUUAUAUGUUUGACUUGCUGCUUGAGACCCGCAGACCAGACCAAGUGUUUCAGCCUUACAAACCUGGAGGUCAGUGGUUUGCUGACAUGUAGAUUCGACUGUUUCUGCUUUAUGUAAGUGCAGGUGACGAAAUGAUGGAGAAACAACACGCUGUGUCUCAAUGUCUGUGGGUGUGUCUGUGUUUUUGUUUUGUUUCCUUGCAGAGGUGAUGGUGAAAGUUCAUGUUGUUGAUCUGAAGACCGAGACCAUCGCCUCUCCUAUCAGUGUCCGGGCGUAUUUGAACCAGACCAUCACUGAAUUCAAACAGCUUAUUGCACAGGUUAGCAGCUCAGCUUCUUCGCCACAGAAGAUUUUGAUCUGUAUUUAAACCAUUAAGAGUUGUUUAAGGUCGUUGUUUCAAGCUGUUUGUUCUUUUUUAGGCUACAGGGCUAUCUGCUGAGACCAUGCGCGUGGUCCUGGAGCGCUGCUAUAACGACCUGCGGCUUUUAUACGUUCCAAACAAGACACUGAAAGCUGAGGGGUUCUUCAGAAGUAACAAGGUCCCAAAUUUUUCAUUAUGUCUGACUUUUUUGUGUAGUUUAAUGUCAGUGAACAGUCAGUAAAUCUUUAACCUUUGUUUUUUUUUCCAUCAGGUUUUUGUCGAGAGCUCCGAGUUGCCGGAUCAUCAGGCUGCUUUCACCGACUCACUCCUGUGGAAACUGUUGGAUCGUCACGGGAACACAAUUCGGCUCAUGGUCCUACUGCCUGAGCAGUCUCCUGGUACUCUGGCCAAUAGAACUCAUUGCCAAAAAGUAGGCGGUGACUCUGAGGAGCCCUUUGAAGGGUCAAAGGGUAACAGGAAAUCUGUGGAGGCGAUCCUGGAGGAGAGCACAGAGAAGUUAAAGAAUCUGUCCCUGCAGCAGCAGCAGCAGCAGCAGCAGCAGCAGCAGGGCUCUGGCACCUGUGACAGCCAGAAAAGCUCGGACGCUAGUGACUUUGAACAUAUUGAAUCCCCGACACAGGAGGCUGACUCAAACUCUUCUCUCUGUGUGGCCGCAGACAACAGAGAGUUAGAGAACCGGAUCAGGGCUGUGGCGGGGGGUGGCAGUGGCGCCUCCUCCGACCCCGAGAACCACUUUGCCUGCGAGGAGCGUUCAGACUCUGAGGUGAACAAUGACCGCAGCACCAGCUCAGUGGACAGCGACAUCCUGAGCUCCAGCCACAGUAGCGAUACACUUUGUAAUGCAGACAGUGGGCCCAUACAGCUGGCCAACGGAUUGGACUCGCACAGCAUCACAAGUAGCCGUCGCUCCAAAGCACACGAAGGCAAAAAAGAGACCUGGGACACUGCCGAGGAGGACUCUGGAACGGACAGCGAGUAUGACGACAAUGGGAAGAGCAAAGCAGAGGCUCAGUACCUCUACUUCAGGGCGGAGCCUUGUUCUCAGGAUGACUCCUCUUGGGAUGCACAAAAAUGUAUGGAAAUCUCUCAUGUUCAGCUCUUUAGUCUGAUUAUCUUUAAGUAGGACAAGAGUUCACAUCCGAUCUUGAAUGUCAUUGAAUUUUCAUUGUCAAUACUGCUCACGUGACAGAAAAACACAAUUUUUUACACUUUCUUGCUGUUUCUCGUGAUGUGCUUCAGGUUUAGUGGUCCACGUGGACAAGAGGAUAACAUUGGCGGCGUUUAAACAGAACCUGGAGCCUUAUGUGGGAGUCACCUCCACACAAUUCAAAGUGUUUCGGGUGUACGCCAACAACCAGGAGUUUGAGAGUGUGCGGUUAAAUGAAACCCUCUCAUCAUUCUCCGAUGACAACAAGGUCAGACUCAGAUCCACUCACCGUUGUUUUGAGAUCUUCUCUCAUGUUGAGCCCUUUAUUUUGUUCUUUUAACUUCUUCCUUGAAGCUUAACUUGGAUCUUUUAUUACUUCCAACAGAUAACUAUCCGCCUGGGCAGAGCGUUGAAAAAGGGCGAAUACAGAGUCAAGGUCUAUCAGCUACUGGUGAAUGAACCAGAGGUAAGACGUGAAGUGUGUUUAUUUAACAAACAUGAAAGUGAUCAGAUAUAUUGAUCAUUUCUUCUUAUCUCAUUCGUCAGCCCUGCAAGUUCCUUGUAGACACAGUUUUUGCCAAGGGCAUGACUGUUCGACAGUCCAAAGAGGAAUUACUCCCUCAGUUAAAAGAACAGUGCAAGCUUGACCUCAGCAUCGACAGGUAUGGAUUUUUUGCUCUUCAUACAUAAAAGGAGAAUUUUUGUAAAGUGGAGGUUUUAAGCGAAAUAUGUGUACAUCUAUACGAAUAUGUGUACAUCUAUACGUUUGUGUGUGUGUGUGUUCAGGGUUCGUCUCAGGAAAAAGACAUGGAAGAACCCAGGCACCGUGUUUCUGGACUAUCACGUCUAUGAAGAAGACAUCAGCAUCUCCUCUAACUGGGAGGUUUUCCUGGAGGUUCUCAAUGGUACUGGUCUUAUGGUUUUAAAAUCUACUUCUGUGUGAAAUUAGUUUUAUUUUUGGCCAGCGACAGCCCUCACUGUUAAGUCUUCCCAUAUGUUUGUUCUAUUCUUGGGAAAGCCGUGUCUCAGGAACAAAAUCAGUGUUAACUCUUCACACACUCGCUCACUCUGCUGCCACAGAAAGAGUUGUUUGACAGGCAAAUGCUCAUCAGGGCUGUGCUGUGAUCCCUCCUGGUAAAUAUAGACUUGUAACAUUCUACAUUUAAGCUUUUAGAUAUUUUCAAUAUACAAGUAAACCUCCUACUUGGGCCCUGGUUACACUGAUGGAUGUUACAAAACAGUUUUGUAGGGGUUUGCUAGUGUGGUAGAUGAGAGAAAUGAUCAGCUAUAAUGAGUGAAUAUUACUGUGGUUUAGUUAAAAUAGUUUUUAGAAGAAUGUAACAUGACCUCAUCAUGUUAAAUGAGUAGCUGAUGGUAUUGUUUUAUUUUUAUGAUCUGUUUCUCAGAACCAGAGAAGAUGAAGUCCAUGUCCCAGCUGGCUGUUUUGACUCGGAGAUGGAGCCCAUCGACGAUGAAGCUCGGACCCUUCCAGGAAGUUAUCUUGGAGAGCAGCAGUGUAGAAGAACUCAAGGAGAAGGUAUGUCCAUAUUAUGAAUUUUACCUGUUUUUUUAACCUAUUAUAAAUCCCCCUUCAUCGUGAUAAGCUAACACUUAUCUCAAAAUGUACAAAAUAUGUACCCUUAAAAAAAUCACGUAGAUAAAAAUACACCAGAAUAUCUAACUUUUUAAAUCACAACUGUGGUCUGAAUACCAUUCACUGCACUCAUUUGGCUUUUGUGACUAAUUUUCUUCAUCUUGUUUACAGCUGAGUGAAAUCAGCGACAUACCUCUGGAACAGCUGGAGUUCGCAAAGGUCUGUAAGAUGCAGCACAGGCUUCUGUUGUUUCCCCCUGUUUACACCGGUCUAUCUUUGAGCUUGAAUCAAUGUGUUCUGUUCUGUGCAGGGUAGAGGAACUUUUCCUUGUGAUAUUUCUGUGUUGGAGAUCCAUCAAGAUUUGGACUGGAAUCCUAAAGUGUCAACACUGAACGUGUGGCCACUUUACAUCUGUGACGACGGAGCUGUGGUCUUUUACAGGUAAUUUUAAACAACCAGACUCCAACAGACACAGAGGACUUCGGUGUUAAAGAGUUUGUUAGAAUAGGUCACAAACUUAAUUAUUACUUAGGUGGUGGAAAUGAUCUCUAUGAACCUGAAUGGUACGACAGUCUGUUCAAGAAAGUUUUUGGAAUUUGAGAUCAGCACUGCCCUCUGUUUUUCUGUACAGGGACAGCACAGAGGAGCCCAUGGAGAUGUCAGAGGACGAGCGUAAUGAGCUGAUGAAGAAAGAGAGCAGCCGUCUGCUCAAAACUGGACACCGUGUCAGCUACUCCCCACGCAAGGAGAAGGCACUCAAGAUCUACCUGGAUGGAGGCCCUGCCAAGGACCCAGGGCAGGACUGAGCACACGGCACCCCCGCCCCGGUCUUUUGUAUCAAGCGGCUGCUGCAGCAAAGCAUACAGGCUUACAUGACUCAGUAUGAGUCUCGAGCCUAAUAGAUACUUGAACACCAAGCAGCGCAGUGUGGCAAACAGGCUCUCACUUUCCACUCUGAGCCACAGGAAGGCGCAGAAAUCCCAUUGUGCACUAUAGUGUAUUGUACUGUAAAGUUUAAAGGGAAGUACGAAAGCUAUUCAAUACAGAAAAAGAAUCAAAUACUGUAUAGACAAAUCAAUUUAAUGCUCCUGAGAUGGAAGCAGAGAUGUUAGGACUGUGAAACUGGGCUGGAAGGAGUCCAUCCUGUCUAUUUAAGUCUCCUGUCUCUUUUCCCAUCGGUCUCUUUUACUCCUCUACGUCGCUGCGUGUCCCUCUUCCUGUUUCAGGUAUGAUGUUGAUUCUUCUUCUCUGACCAUCUUGUAAGUCUGUGGUGUUCGCACUCUCUGAGUACUGCUCUGUUAGAUAAAUCAUUCUUCUCUGAUAUUGCUCACUUUCCUUUUAAUACUUAAAAAAAACCAACAGCACAUAAAAAUGAAAAACUACUUAUCCAGCCUUUUUUCAGUCUCGCCUCUCCUCGCAAGGCAAACCUCACUCUCUCAGUGACUUUAACAAGUUGACACAAUUAUUCUGAGGAUUUUAUAAAUCAAGAAAAGCAACAAUUAUAAAUGUCGAAGUUUUGACCUCUCCUCUUCUGCUCCUGUAAUGCUUAGAGUGCCACUGUCCUUAAAGGAGCCUUACCUCUGUUACAUCACUUCCACAGCAGAAGGUGAGACAAAGGCACCUAGUCCUUUUUAACACCAAGUACAACAAAACAAAAACCAAGUAGACUUAGUUCAGGAUCUCCUUUCCUUGUUAUUUGUUUAUUUUAAUUUUGCUCCAGGCUUAAUCAUAAAGAUAGGUCUCGUGAGGCACAAGGCACUCAUCUGAUGUCCGUAUUAAUCUUUGAUUUAGAAAGUGUAUUUUCUAUGUUUAUGCACCAUGAGACCUGGCUGUACAUCUCUACUGUCAUCUGAGUAAUGUGUGAGGUGUUGUACUGAGGGGAGGGAGCUCGCUCUGGGUUUUUGACAGAGAGUGUGAGGUUUGUUUUUGGCGCUUCUACUUGCUGCUGCUCUAUAGACUGGCUCCAAAGGGCGGAUGUAGUCCGCCGGGACAACUGGUCUGAGGAGGACUGAAGCUCAGCAUCUCAGUCCUCUCUGGGCUCCCGAUGCUGCCACCAGCUAUUCACUGUAGAAAUGCCAAUAUCUGAAGAAAUCUUUUUUUUUUUUUUGUCAAUGUUGAUGUUUAUUUCUUUAAGAUUUAAAUCCUGUGUGAAAAUAGUUUAAGAUGAUUUUAGAAAUGAAUUAAAAUGCUUUUUUUUUUAUAUAA